AUGCGCCGGCAACACGCCGGUCUCCUUCCGUCAAAUCCGCGACUUGGCUGCGCACGAUUCUUUGCAGACCAAAAAAAGUUGGCAUGCACCAAGUCUCGACCAAGCCUACCGUUCCUCCUCGUCCCGAAAGCGAGUCCACCCAUCGUCCGAUCAUUCACCUCGGAGCGCAAAAGAUGGCUUAAGCACGAAGCAAAGCUAGUCGUCCGAUACACCGUCACCCUCUGGGGCGUCGCGAUAUGCGGCAUCAUGAUCUUCUUCGCGGUCAGCGAGGAAAACUCCGAACGGGAGUUCCCCACGCCCCACGAAUGGCCCUACCUGACGAGGAAAUUCCUCCGAGAUGCGCAACGCUGUCGGGACCCCAAAGACGGCGAGGUCAACUGGGCGCGAUGCCUGGAGCUAGCCCGGGCGGUGGUCAUCCGACUAGAAGAUGCCAAACUCGGCGGCGGAAGGGUCGUCAAGUUGAGCGACAAGGUCGACCCGAGCCUCGAAGUCCCCGGGGAGUUCAUCAACUGCGACAUCUCAGCCCAGUCGGAGGAAUGGAGACGCGGAUACUUCGAGGCAAUCAUGCUGGCGGCCAAGGCCGCAGAACACGUGGACGGCUGGCUGAGAGACACAAAGCGCAACGUGGUAUGCGCGCCCGAAUUCGUCAUAGGUCCUUCGAAUCCACAGCCGAAACCUAUUCCUCCGGGGCGACCACAUGCACCACGCGAGGAGGACUGCGAGCCGGCAUAUCCAGCGGCGGACAGAUGGUACGUGAAGAUCCUGGCGACGACCGGGCUGACGGCUCGACAAAAGAUGGAGGCCGCGCUGGAGUACGCCACCUUCAUGGAAUUCAAGCACAGACGACAAGGCUCGGAAGCCCUGUAUGCUCUCGUCUUGGCGGAGGCAUCCGCCGGACUCGACCCUUCCAAGCUGCCGUACGACCCCAAGACAUUGGUCGUCAGGAGCAAUGCGCCAGCACCGUCAAUGAACGUUCUCGAUGCGUUGACAGCACUCGCCAACUACAAGGCCCGUCAAGGCGACGUCUCAUCUGCCCUCGCCAUCUACGUAUCUCUUCUCAAAGCGCGCCGCUCUCUCUCAGACGCCCCGCCACCUACGACCUGGUCGCAGCCCAAGACACUCUCUCCAUACGAACGAUUUGUCGAGUUCUUCGGCCCCCCUGCCUAUCCUGACCCGGGACCAGACGGCACUCAGCCGCCGUGGAGAAGCCCCUACGAGCGAUGCCAGGAAGCAUCUCUCAACUUGUACAUCGGCGAGAUCUUGUACGCCACUUCUUCUCGAGACGAGGGGUUGGCCUGGACCAGAGACGGUGUCGACCUGGCAGAGGAACAACUGCGCGCGCUUGGACCGGCAAGCAAGGAAAAGGAGACGAAGCAGAUCUGUCGUGAGUGUCUAGCCGCAGGCCUAGGUAACUGGACGACAAUGGUAUCUCGACUGGCAAAGGUCGAGGAUGCCAGCAGCGGCGAUUCAAAGUCCAGGCUGUUUUCUUUCUGGGGCAGCUCUCAGGAUGCCCCAGGUCGAUGGGCAGCAGAGGCAGCUGUUGUCGAGGAACGGACCAGGAGGACGCGAGAGCUGAUGGAGGACGUGGCUCCACCUGGCAUGGGAAUUUGGUCGUACUUCAAGGCAUGA